GGCCGGUUGCUCCGGAAGUGGAGGGAGGGGGUGAAAAUGGCGCCCAGCUCGAAAUCGGAGCGGAACAGCGGGGCCGGGAGCGGCGGGGGUGGCCCCGGGGGCGCUGGGGGACGGGCAGCGGGGCGGCGGCGGGAGCACGUCCUCAAGCAGCUGGAGCGGGUCAAGAUCAGUGGGCAGCUCUCCCCUCGUCUCUUCCGGAAGCUGCCACCCAGGGUCUGCGUUUCUCUAAAGAACAUCGUGGAUGAGGACUUUCUCUAUGCAGGACACAUCUUCCUGGGCUUUUCCAAGUGCGGCCGAUAUGUUCUCUCCUACACCAGCAGCAGUGGGGACGACGACUUCUCCUUCUACAUCUAUCACCUGUACUGGUGGGAGUUCAACGUCCACAGCAAACUCAAGCUGGUCCGACAGGUGCGGCUCUUCCAGGAUGAGGAGAUCUACAGUGAUCUGUACUUGACUGUGUGCGAGUGGCCCAGCGAUGCCACCAAAGUCAUCGUCUUUGGCUUCAACACCCGAUCCGCCAAUGGGAUGCUCAUGAACAUGAUGAUGAUGAGUGAUGAGAACCACCGUGACAUCUAUAUCAGCACAGUGGCCGUGCCGCCGCCUGGCCGCUGUGCCGCCUGCCGGGAAGCCAGCCGGCUCCACCCAGGUGACCCGAGCGCACAGUGUCUGCGACACGGCUUCAUGCUGCAUACCAAGUACCAGGUGGUGUACCCAUUCCCCACUUUUCAGCCCGCCUUUCAGCUCAAGAAGGACCAGGUGGUACUGCUCAACACCAGCUACUCCUUAGUGGCCUGUGCCGUCUCAGUCCACUCAGCAGGCGAUAGCAGCUUCUGCCAAAUCCUGUAUGACCACACCACCUACCCCCCGGCCCCUGCCAGUUCCCCUGGGCCCCAGAGCCCAGAAGUGCCCCCUGCCCCUCUUCCCAGCCUCUGCCCCGAGGCAGCCCCAGCCCGGCUCUCUGGGACCCUGGAUCCCUCACCUGCCAUCGCCAAAGCCAAGGAGUUUGUGGCUGACAUCUUCCGCAGGGCCAAAGAGGCCAAGGGUGGGACCUUGGAGGAAGCCCGGCCACCUCCCUGCGCAGGGCCCUCGGGCAGCUGCUGCCGCCCAUCUUCUGAGCCCCUACCCCCAGGUGGGGAGGUGGCGCCCCAGGACAGCCCCCCUGCAGUGGAGGCGCCAGCCCCCGAACCUGGCUAUGUCAACUACACCAAGCUGUAUUAUGUGCUGGGGUCCGGCGAAGGGACAGAGCCAGAGGAUGAGUUCGAGGAUGACAAGAUCUCGCUGCCCUUCGUGGUGACCGAUCUCCGUGGUCGCAGUCUGCGGCCCAUGCGGGAGCGGACCUCUGUCCAGGGUCAGUACCUGACGGUGGAGCAGCUCACGCUGGACUUUGAGUAUGUCAUCAACGAGGUCAUCCGCCAUGACGCGACCUGGGGCCACCAGUUCUGUUCCUUCAGUGACUAUGACAUUGUCAUCCUAGAGGUCUGCCCAGAAACCAACCAGGUUCUCAUCAACAUUGGCCUGCUGCUCCUGGCAUUCCCAUCCCCAACUGAGGAGGGCCAGCUCCGACCAAAGACCUAUCACACCAGCCUCAAAGUGGCAUGGGACCUCAACACCGGCAUCUUUGUGACAGUCAGCGUGGGUGAUCUCACUGAGGUCAAAGGGCAGACCAGCGGCAGCGUCUGGAGCUCAUACCGCAAGAGCUGUGUGGACAUGGUCAUGAAGUGGCUGGUGCCAGAGAGCAGCGGACGAUACGUCAACAGGAUGACUAAUGAGGCACUGCACAAAGGGUGCUCACUGAAGGUUCUGGCAGACAGCGAGCGAUACACGUGGAUUGUGCUGUGAGGGCCCGGCCAGCCUGGACACUGACUCCAACUACCUCCAUGGCCUGGGAGCUGGCCGCCUUCCUGGUAGCCUUUUCCUGGUUGGCCGGCUGCCUGACGACCGCCACUAGUGUUAGGCUGUGGGGAGGGGGCUGGGCGGGGCAGUCCCCGGUGGCCUGAGAGUCUGGACGCUUCUUAUUUAUGCCUAUUUAAGUUGGGAAGGGCAGAGGGAGGGAGCCCCCUGUCCCACCAGCCUCGAGCACCUGCCUUCACCCUGUGCCAGGCUUGGGCAUGGGCCCUUGCUCCUUGCCUCUUUCCCAGGUUACAGGUGUGAACACUGCCCCUCUGGGAGGCUAAAUGGGCCCUGAUUCCCACCCCUAGCCUCCCGUAUCUGAGGUGGCAAACAUCGUGGCCAUUCUCUUCCCCCCUCCGUUAUUCCUCUUCAUGUAAUAAAUGUUUUAUUUCUGAACCUCA